AUGUCGGUGGCGACGAGUCUUCGGCCCUUCCUCAAUUGGGGUAACGUCUUCACCUUGUUUCCCAGAUACAAUCGCGAAACGAUGCAAUUCAAAGCAACCCCGAUUCGUGGUCUCUUCAAUUUCAUAUUCCUCCAAUGGACGUUCGUCUACUGUCUAUACAAUAGACUCGAAACGCAUUUCAUGAUUUUUACCAGACUGCAAGAAGUGAUUGUAGUAAUAACCACGAGCUGUCUUCAGCUACUAGUCUCGUUGACUAUACUCGGAUCGUUCAGAUGGAACGUGUCGAGGAUGCAGAAAAUCUUCGACACCUUCAACUCGAUCGACGCAAUUUUGUCGACGCAAAACAUCAGCAAUGACGGCAGAUUGAAGCGAACCAAUUUCUUUCUUCUAUGGAUGCAUCUGGUCUUCUUCGGAAUGUGCACUGUGGAUGUGAUCAUCUGGAGCAGAAAUUUGCCGGUCUACAAAUAUCAUUACAUGAUGUACGAUCAGAUCACCAUGUAUCUGGUAUUCGGGACGAUCAUCUUCGAGGUGCUUCUUCUUCGGCACAUCCGGUGGAGAUUCGAGUCCGUGAAUCUGGUUCUGAACAAACCCAACUGCUACGCGCCUUAUUAUGGAGUGUUGGUGGACCUGCACUCCAAGUGCUGCGAUCUCGUGGACAUAUUCAACGACAUGCAGGGUUGGAACAUCUUUUUCACUAUAAUUCAUCUGAUCAUGAACAUGUUGAUCUGCAUACAAGUCAUCCUCAUGAAGGACAUCGUUUGGAACGCAUCCACAAUUACACAGAUGUUCCUUUGGAGCUUAUACAUGGCUGUAAGUUAA